AUGACUUCCACCAACCAGCCCGUCAAAAUGGCCAUGUCUAUCGAUGGGGCCAAAAGUGUCAAGAUCCAAGAAGACGAUACAAUUGUCUUUACAAUGGAGGACGGCCCUCCCAUCGAGCUCAAGUUUGUCAUGCCAUCUGUCCACAAGAAGGAAGGUCAGGAUGAAGGCUAUGAGACUCCCAUGGCGAAGCGUGUGACCAAGGUUGGAUUUCUCAGUCCGGAGAGCGUCAAGAGUAACAAGAGUAAUAAGAGUGAAAACACCCCCAUGCCCUUCGCGUCUCCUGCCGACACAAGCAUGGGAUCUCCAUCUCCGUUCAAAGCCACCGGAGGUGGAGGUUCCGCCGGAGGUUCCUUUGUCAUGCCUACGACCAGGGCUUCAGUCAAGAGACCGCCUAUUUGA